CCCCCUUCUCCAACUCCUUCCUUCAGCAAACCCUAGCCUCUCCACCAAAGAAAGCAAACCCUAGCCUCCACCAUAGUUGUCGCAGUCUGUCGGAGUGAGACACUGCCGCCGGCGUCCAUCGCACUCAAGAACUUCUUCUUCGUGCUCUCGGGCCUCUCGCUGGAUCCUCCACGUCGGGUGCUCGCAUCUCGCCGGUCUCCUCUGUGCUCGGCUGCUCGCACCUCCCUCUGCCAGUGAGUGCUCGAGCUGUGCGUGUUGGUUGCUGCUCGUCGUCCGUGGUUGUCUCUGCUCGAUUCUGCCUCCCAGUCUCACUCGAGUCUCGUCUCAGUCACUGGCAUCUCGUGGUUCGUCUGUCUCGUCGCCGGCGGCAGAAGCAACUCGUGGGGUUGUCUCUUGCUUCGUUGCCUUCCGUGGGGUGGUCGCCGACUCGCCGUCGACCGUUGAGACAUUUAUAGUUUUAUACAGACAAGUGGUUCUGAUUUUGGAAUCAACUAUGGACAAAUAGCCAACGAUCUUCCCUCUCCAUCACGCGUUGCUGUUCUAAAACGAUUUUUCCGGUUGAACCAUCGGUUGGACUGGUUGGACCAAUGAAUCAGUGAACCAGUGAUUAAAGCAGUUUGAUGACCGGUCCGGUUUUCAGAACCUUGCAAAAACCACUAUUGGACCAUUGAAACCGAACCGAAAUCCGAUCGAUUUCGAUUGAGGCCGAAAACGACCCCCGUUUUAUUCAUAAAAUAAAAAAAUAAAAUAAAAUAAAAGAACAAAACGUAGCCCUAAUUUUUCCCCUAUGCUCAGCAGUCAGCGUCUCCUCCUUCUCCAGGUGUCCUCCCUCACUCUCUCAGCAAAGCAAAAUCCUCUCAUCUGCUCCGUCCAGCCACCGCCUCGUCACUGCCGCAGUCGCAUCUGCUCGAAGCCGACGUCCCCACUACAACUUGUCUCGCGUGGUUCUUCCGUCGCGCCGCCGGUGUUCCACCGCGCUCCACCCCUUCUCUUCUCCAGUUCCGCGGCGCUCCACCCUCCUCUGCUCCAAAAUCCCUCUCCCUCAUAUUCUGCUUGUUCUCGGCAUUGUAAACAUAAGACUGCCGCCAGCUUCUGCACGUCACAUUCUUCCUCCUUCUCCUUCAUACACUGCUCGUUCGAAGACCACCCAAGAUAUAUUUGCAAAAUCUGAUGGCCAAAGUUUGUGAUACUUUCAAUGGGGCUUUAUUUAAGGAUUUAGGAUUAUUCGUUGCAGGUUUGUUUCACAAUUCUCAAUAGUUUUGUUCUUGGGAAAUGCUUUUGAAGUUUCACCCUUUGUGUUUGAACGAUGUAAAUGCACUUGCCCCAACUUCAACGUCAACUUCCACCUCAAUUCUGCCUGAAAACAACAACUUUGUCCGCAUUCUCCAUAGCCCCAAUUCCACAAAACAUGUCAUAGAACACCAACACACUCCACCAAAGAGCCUGAAUUUGGAACAGGAUUUGGGGAUUCUAAAGAAAAGGGUUGAUAGGUCUGUUGUUUUGCAGCAUAACAAGGUGCACAUUAGGUGUUUGACGAAAUGGGUAUGUUAUGGUGGACGCAUUCCUUCUAUUCUUCAGGCUCUGAGUACUGUUCAGGACUUGGAUGAGGCUCUCAUGCCAUGGCAAGAGGCCUUGACCUGCAAGGAAAUUAGUAUUAUUUUGAAGGAACAGGUUUCUUGGGAGAGGGCUCUUCAGAUUUUUGAGUGGCUUGAGAAAAGGUGUUGUUAUGAGUUGAAUGUGAUUCAUUAUAACAUUAUCUUCAGGGUCCUAGGCGAGGCGCAAAAGUGGUGCCUUGUGGAGAGUUUGUGGGAUGAGAUGAAUGCAAGAGGGGUUGAACCUGUGAAUUCCACAUAUGGAACUUUGAUUGAUGUUUAUGGUAAAGGUGGACAGAGAAAAGACAAAGCACUUGUUUGGCUUAAGAAGAUGCGAAGUCAAGGAAUGGAACCUGAUGAGAUCACAAUGGGGAUUGUUGUUCAGUUGCAUAAGAGGAAUGGAGAGUACCAGAAAGCUCACGAAUUUUUUAGUAAAUGGUACUCAACAGGUGAACCUCUGAGACUAAGGAGGAGUAAUAAUACUUCAAAAGUAGGCCACAAUGUGUUAUCAUAUACCAAUGUUUGUUUAAGCUCAAGGACAUAUAAUACUUUGAUUGACAUGUAUGGUAAAGCUGGCCAACUUUGGGCAGCGUUUGAAAUCUUUGCUAAGAUGAUCAAACAAGGUGUAUCUCUGACCACAGUGACACUUAAUACAAUGAUUCAUUUAUAUGGAAAUCAUGGAUGCCUUGAGAAAGUUAGUUUGCUGUUGCAGAGGAUGGUGGAGCUUCGGUGCCUACCUGAUGCAAGGACAUAUAACAUACUUAUUUCUGUUUAUAUUAAGCAUAAUAAUAUCAAUUUGGCAGUGAGGUAUUUUGCAAUGAUGAAAGAGACCUGUCUUGAACCGGACCUUGUUAGUUAUCGUACCCUCUUGCAUGCAUACUCUACAAGGAAAAUGGUCCAUGAAGCCGAAGAGCACAUGCAGGAGAUGGAUGAGAAGGGUCUUGAGAUUGAUGAAUUCGCCCAAUCUGCUGUGACUAGGAUGUAUGUAGAGUUGCGUAUGCUUAAGAAAUCAUGGUUGUGGUUCAGGAGGUUUCAUCUAGCUGGGAGUAUUACGUCAGACUGUUAUUCCGCCAUUAUUGAUGCAUAUGGCCAGCAAGGGUAUACUUUAGAAGCAGAGAGAGUCUUUAACUGUUGCAAAGAAAGGAAGAAGCUUGGCGUCCUUGUGUUUAAUGUGAUGAUUAAAGCUUACGGGGUUGGAAAAUGCUAUGAUAAAGCAUGUCAGUUGUUUGACAGUAUGGAAACAUAUGGUUUUGUUGCAGACAACUGUAGCUACAGUUCUCUCGUACAUAUCUUGGCCACUGGUGACAGGCCACACAUUGCAAAAGCUUAUUUGAAAAGAAUGCAAGAGGCAGGACUAGUGACUGAUUGCAUUCCAUAUGCUGCGGUGAUAACAAGCUUUGGAAAGUUAGGCCAAUUGGAACAGGCAAAAGGAUUAUACAAGGAGAUGAUUGGAUAUAAUGUCCAGCCUGAUGUAAUUAUCUAUGGGGUGUUAAUCAAUGCGUUUGCUGAUGCUGGAAGUGUUAAAGAAGCUGUUAGUUAUCUUGAUGAAAUGCAACGGGCAGGUUUUCAAAGAAAUCCAACUAUAGACAACUCUUUGAUGAAGUUGUAUACCAAAGUAGGGUACUUGAAAGAAGCACAAGAAACAUACAAGUUGCUUCAGUCAUCAGAGCAGGGUCCUUCUAUAUUUUCCUCUAAUUGUAUGCUUGAUCUUUAUACUGAACGACUAAUGGUUGAACAAGCGAUUGAGAUAUUUGAGAGCUUAAAGCAGAAAGGUGUUGCAAAUGAGUUCUCAUAUGCAAUGAUGUUACGCAUGUAUAAGAAAAUUGGGAGAUUGGACGAAGCCAUUCAGAUUGCGAAACAAAUGAGAAACCUAGGACUCGUCACUGAUUUAUUAAGUUAUAAUAACAUAAUUGGCUUGUAUUCUCUUGCUAGGACUCCACAGGAAGCUACCAAGACUUUCAAGGAAAUGGCAAAAUCCGGAAUUCAACCAGAUGAUUUUACAUUCAGCGCUCUUGGACAAUGUUUGCUGAAUUAUGGAGUUUCAAAGCAAGAUAUUGGAAAGCUAGAAGUAAUGGUUAAGAAGGAUGCACCAAAUGCUUUGCAAGAAUGGAUGUUGAUGCUCUCAUCUGUGCUGGGAAUAGAUGGUUAUACAUAUUAAUUGACA